AGGUUAGAGCAGCAGUCUGCUCCGUCCAUGUUAUUAUUGUUAUUUUGACUGUGUGAUGGUUCACGGACGGCGGCCAGCCCGGGAUUUCUCCGGUUACCAGAGCAGACACGAACGGCUCGCAGGCCACACGUUACAGCUGCGCGUCUGUCUCACAAUAGUUUGAUCGCCAGCGUUGACAAAACGCGCAAACGUCGCUGUGCGCAGAGCUCGCCGAGGACUGUCUUUAUUAUUGACACUGCAACAGACAUGAACGGCAUCACCAAGAGCAGAUUUGAGGUGUUCUCAAACAGUGACGAGGCCCUAAUCAACAAAAAACUUCCCAAAGAGCUUCUGCUCCGGAUUUUCUCCUUCCUGGAUGUAGUUACACUGUGCCGGUGUGCCCAAGUAUCUAAGGCGUGGAAUGUUCUUGCAUUAGAUGGAAGUAACUGGCAGAAGAUUGAUCUCUUUAACUUUCAGACAGAUAUUGAGGGACGUGUCGUGGAGAACAUCUCAAAGCGAUGUGGGGGGUUUUUGAGGCAGCUCAGUCUUCGGGGCUGCCUCAGUGUGGGGGAUGCCUCCAUGAAGACCUUUGCUCAGAACUGUCGCAACAUUGAACAUCUGAACCUCAACGGCUGCACCAAGAUCACAGACUCCACCUGCGUCAGCCUUAGCAAGUUCUGCUCCAAACUUCGCCACCUUGACCUGACCUCCUGCGUGUCCAUCACCAAUCAUGCUCUUAAGGCCUUAAGUGAGGGCUGUCGGAUGUUGGAGAAUCUGAACCUGUCCUGGUGUGAUCAGAUCACGAGUGAUGGCAUCGAGGCUCUCAGCCGUGGCUGCACAAGCGUCAGGGCUCUGUUUCUGAGAGGCUGCACACAGCUUGAUGAUAAUGCACUGAAGCAUCUUCAAAAGCACUGUCCAGAGCUCAUGACAAUCAACAUGCAAUCAUGCACACAAAUCACAGAUGACGGCUUUGUGAGUUUGUGCCGUGGCUGUCACAAACUGCAGAUGGUUUGUGUGUCUGGCUGCAGCAACAUCACAGACGCUUCUCUGACUGCCCUCGGUCUCAACUGCCAACGGCUCAAGAUCCUGGAGGCUGCUCGCUGCUCACAUGUUACUGAUGCUGGUUUUACUGUUCUUGCCAGAAACUGUCAUGAUUUGGAGAAGAUGGAUUUAGAGGAAUGUAUUUUGGUGACUGAUAACACUCUGGUUCAGCUCUCAAUCCACUGCCCUCGGCUGCAGGCGCUGAGCCUGUCUCACUGCGAGUUGAUAACAGACGAUGGAAUCAGACACCUGAGCAGCAGUGUGUGUGGUCAGGAUCGUCUGCAGGUCGUGGAGCUGGACAACUGCCCCUUGAUCACAGACAUCACACUGGAGCACCUCAAGAGUUGCCAUCGUCUGGAACGCAUUGAGCUCUAUGACUGCCAGCAGGUCACCCGCGCGGGCAUCAAACGAAUCCGGGCUCACCUUCCUGAGAUCAAAGUCCACGCUUACUUUGCCCCAGUCACACCCCCUCCUUCAGUGCACGGAGGUGGUCAGCGUCUCUGCCGAUGCUGCGUCAUACUCUGACAGGAGGAAGGGCUUCUCGGAGAUCCCAUAGAAAGUCCAGCUGUCAGACAACUUCCAAACUCCGCCCUGCCUCCGCUCCACACCACGACGAGACGCUGUGUGGGGUUGUGGCUUCUUCACCGAGCGGUUGCCUGGCAGCAGGAUGGACCUGAACAAGUUACGCAAAAUAAACACAAUGCAACGUGACAAAUACUACGCACAUACAAUACCACCUACUUGGAUAUAAAAGAAGAAAAAUCAAGGAGCUACCAUGUAAAAUAUUUCACAUUUGGAUAUAUAGAAAACAAACUGGAGGAAGCACUGAAAGCAUUAUGGGACUAAUGAAUAUAGAAUGAAUCCGCAAAGAACUUUGAGGCAUUUUGAUGCCGUUAUGAUGACUACACAGUGUUUACGUCCUGCUCCUCUUCCUCAAACAAUAGGAAUGCCUUCUCUUGCGACAAGAGCAAAUUGAAACCACAGGAAAUGAGCAGCAGGAUGCAAGUUUCUGGAGCUUUGUAGGAUACGCCUCCCACCGAUUGAUCAUGUGACUUUCUCGAACCUGAGAGCAGGAAGCUUUAAGCGUUUCUGUAUGGUUUUGUGCGUGUGCGUGAAUGUUUAAAUAUAGAAAACAAAAUAUAUAACACUACAAUGAAUAAGCCCAUAUUAAAACUGGAGUAAAAUGAUUUUUGUUCUGUUAGUGCUCACCCUCAUUUUGAGAGGACUAAAAAAAUCACAAUUGAAAUCACGUGAGCGAGCGAGGUGAAGAAAAGGACUGAGAUUGUGCAUGUGAGAAAAGUGGAUUUUGCUCCAGUGUGGUGUUACAAUACGUCAAGAUUGAUGUGAAUGUUCAAAUUUAGAUAAUAUACAUGUGCUAAGGGUUGUGGGGGGAGGGGGGAUACAUCAGGAAUAAAUUAUGAGAAGUUUCACAAUGUUUGAGUGCAAUAUUGAAAGCCCAGGCAUAAGUAACUGUGGUAUGUGACAGGAUUCAGAACACUCCUUAUUCAGCCAUGUCCUCAAUAUUUCAAAGUAUUCUCAUUGCAAGGCGUAGUUCACCCAAAAAUUUAAUUUCUGUCAGCGUUUUCUCAUCCUCAUGUCAUUCCAAACCUGUAAGACUUUUAUCAAUGGGACACGAAGAACAUAUUUUGAAAUAUGUUUUUGUGUCCAUUCAAUGUUCAUUCUACACAAAGUCAUCCUUUGUGUUUCACAAAAGAAAGUCAAACUAGUUUGAAACAACACAAAGAUGAGUAAAAAAUGACACCGUGUUCAUUUUUUGGGUGAACAAGAUCAGAUCUUUAAAUUAUACAAAAUUAAACAGUACAAAUACACCAAGGGAAAAAUUUAAAGCUGUAACUAAAGUGAUUAAAGAAUUAAACUUCUCUUAUUUUCUCACCCAUCUUCAAACCUGUCUUUAUGUGUGGAUCAAAAAAAUAUUCACAUUCAAUGAAUAGACCAAAAUGCAAUGAAAAUGAAUGGUGACCAAGAGUUUUGGUACAAACUGAAUAAUGACAAAAAUUUCAUAUUUGGGUGAACGGACCCUGUAAGUUCAUCCCUUAAGUCUCAUGCAUAAAACUGAUGUUCAACAUUGGUUUGAUGAGUAACAUUGCAUAUUUAAAAUCAUGUUGAGUCUUGCAGAUGAAAACAGCUGCUGAGUUGGUCAUCUACUCAAUGGAAAUGUUUUUUGUCGGUGUGAGUGCCUUUGAUUUUACAACUGGAGGGAGGGGUGGGUUACAGCCACAGAAAUGCUCAGGGCUGCGAUGUAGUUCAUCAUAUUUUUUUCUCUUGUAUUCCCUCUAUUUAAGUUGUUUUUUGCCAUUAGAUGUGAUGCUGAUGUCAUCAUUUCCUGUCAAAGCAUACAGCAGUGAUUCCAGUAUUCUUUAUCUCAACCACUUUAGGGGCAAUGCUAAACCCGUCUGCGAAAUGAAGUUUAUUUAAUAUUGUUCUGUAACAGUUAAUUUUAUUCCUCUCCUUCUCUCCCAUAUUUUUUGACAAAGAUGAAAUGUUACCUGAAUGUCUUUGUGUUCUGGUGGUUAAUGUGACAUUUCUUUAAAUAAAAGAUCUGAGCAGUGUG